CCCAUACUUUCACAGGUUUCGAGCUUUCGACGUCACUACCUAACGACUAGUUUUCUCAUUCUCGUAUUGUCUACGUCGAAGCUACAAGCUACGAGUCGAGUUAAUUUUGAGUAUUUCAUCCCGUAAUUUACCUUAAAAUGUCAGACAACCAGCGCUGGAUCCCACUCGAGUCGAACCCAGAGGUGAUGAACAAGUUUCUUACAAGUGUUGGGGUAUCUAGCAAGUGGAGAAUCAAUGAUGUGUACGGCCUGGAUUCUGAAUUGUUGGCCACCCUUCCUAGUCCCGCUUUGGCUGUUCUCUUGCUCUUUCCUCUAAACGAUAAGUUUGAAAGCUAUUUCCAGAAGCAAGAAGAAGCCAAGAAAUCUGAAACUGUAUCUCCCAAUGUCUACUUCCUGAAGCAGACUGUCGGCAAUGCAUGUGGUACUAUUGCAUUGAUCCAUGCUGUUGCCAACAACUUGGACAGGAUUGAUGUUUCCACUGGACAUUUGAAGAACUUUUUGGACGCCACCAAGGACCUCUCUCCGGAUGAGAGGGCAGUGAAGUUGGAAGCCGACGUCGGACUAUCAUCUGCUCAUGAAGAGAGUGCUCAAGGAGGCCAAACUGAGGCUCCCAGUCGAGACGAGAAAGUUAACUUGCAUUUCAUCGCUUUGGUCGAGAAAGAUGGCGGGCUAUAUGAACUGGAUGGCCGCAAGCCCCAUCCAGUCCCGCACGGAAAUACCACUCGGGAAACUUUUCUGGAGGACGCUGCCAAAGUAUGCCGCGAACUGAUGGCCGUCGAUCCCGAAGAAGUUCAUUUCACGUUGGUCGCCUUGACUGCCGCCGAGUGAACGGCCAGGGUCGCGCCUGUACUCCAAGAACGAAAAUAACACUUUUCGCUUAUCUUUUUCUCUCCUUUUUUCUUUGGGUUCAAUUUCGUUUUUUUUCGUUCAACCUUAAAAGAUUCUAUCCAGAAAUGUAUGAUGUAAUGUUUCAUUCAGUUGAUGUUGAACCAAGUUCAUUCCUUAACUGAUAUUUUCUUUUUGCUUUAUUAUGAUCCGCCGUAAUAAACGAAAUAAAUAUCCGUUAUGAAAAUUCA